AUGGCCACUUCUGAUACGGCUACUGCGAAUGUUACAGAUGCAGCAUCUAAAGUAAAAAAACCCGGUUACACCAACCCUGCUUUUAGAGCAAUGGGAAUCCCUCCGUUGCGCAUUCCAUCACGAAACUGGAUGAUAUUUUGGACAGUACUGACGGUAUCAGUUUCAGGUAUUGUUUAUGACAAAAGACAGCAGAAGAAGAUAACGGAAAAAUGGUGCAAAGCGGUGGAGCCACUUUCACAAGAGAAAUUGGCGUUCAACGAAAAACCACGGAAAGUCACAGUUUUUAUUGCCCCACCUCCCAGUGAUUAUCUGGACACUAGUAUGACUGUUUGGAGACGAUUUGUGAAACCUGUUCUGUUCUCUAGCGGUGUCGAUUAUGAGGUCUUCACGGAAGAAAAACAAGGUUUGAUCAGGGCAGAGGUUGCAGAACGCAUACGACAGCUGAGGAGGGAACUGCUGGAACAAGAAGUUGAGCUCAAACGGUUAGAAAACGAGCGCCGACUAUGGUCUAGAUGCAAAACGGCUAUUUCCAAGGGGCUUAACUUCGUCAAAGCGUCCGAAGAGCUCGACGAGGAACAAGAAAAAAUACUGGCCAUCAAGUAUAAGACAGAAUUCGACUAUAGAAACUUGCUUGGGGUGUACCUCAAGAAUCCUAACCGGGAUCUAAAGGCUGUGAGUCGAGACGCCAUGGUCUCAGAUCCAACAAUGGCCGGGGGUGUUAUUUGUGUUGGUCGUGGAGCUUACAAGGAAUACAUCGAUGGUGUACACGAAGGUAUUUUGGGGCCACUAGAGGCUCCUAAGAAAGAAGAAGCGGCCAAAAUUGAAGAGGGUACUCAAAGCGUUCCACAGGAAAUUAAGGAAGAGUCUUCUGCGGAGCCUAAGCCUGUCGUUGAAACUGUGGAAGAAAAACCGGACACACCAGCGCCUGUAGAUAGUGAAGAAAGUCCAGAAGUUUCUAAACCGGUACCUCAACGCUACAUCUAUCCUAAUGAGUAUCGCGAAGCCAAAUUCCCAUCCGAGCUUUCGUCUUCCAAAAUCAUCAGAGAGGUGGAGUCUCAAAUACCGGCUAUCUAUCAACAACCAAUUCUUGUACUGCCCAUGCCAAAUUUGAGCGGAUUUCUCAAUAUCCCAGAGCGAAUUUAUCGCUUUUACCGGACGCGGUACGUGGCAGACUCUUUCUGCAAAGCCACUGCAAGUUGCGUGUUACAAAAGGUAAGACCGUUCAGCUCUUCGAUAGAUCUUGAUCUUGCCAUAGCUGAAGAGGCAGAUUGGCCCAAAAAAUGGGUUGAGCAAGGGAAGGAAAAGGGCAGCGAAUGGGUCAGUGAUUUGAAAGGAGAUGACAGAGUACUAAACUUAUUGAGCGUCUUUGAAUCUUCCCAGAUUGACUAA